AUGUUGCUUUGUUGGUACAAUUAUAUCUCGAGAACCCUGCCUUUCGAAGCACCUAGAGAGAUUUUUCAUAAAACCAAAAGAGUGAAGAAGAACGGCACUAUGAUCCCGUCUCCACAGAGCGGUGAUUACCGUAGCUUUUUCAACUCUUCAUCCCCGCUUCCUUUGAUUAUCGAGCUCGUUCAUGUGCAAAUCAUCAAGUUCAAGGAUAGUUCUCAAAUUUUUAAAAGCUUGAAGAAGAACGGCAUUAUAACCGCAUUUCCAUGGAAAAGUGGUUACCGUAGUAUUCUCAAUCUUUUUUAUCCAACAGCCUCCUCUUUGGAGUUUGUUUCUAAAAGCUUGUAUGCAUUGUUUGCUCGAGCCGUCUAUGACCACCCGUUGGUCGAGGAUUUCGCGAAGCUCGUCUUCAUGGUCGAAUCCGCUAUAGUUUCAACAGAUUUUUCAACCAUUGCAAACUUUUUAAAAGUGAACAUCCCUUUGGAAAACUCAUGGAACUUGUAUCUUUCUUUCUGUUGUAUUAUCGUAGCUUGUAUCAACUUUCCUCUCUUGAGGCCUUAA